CUCGCAGGAAAACAGCUGUUUUUGCUGCAACUUGGUCAAUUUGUUAUUUAACCAGCAGAUUUUAAUAGAAGAAAUGCAAAACUGUAUUAAACUUUUGUCGCUCUCAGUAAAGUGCAAUGCACGAGCUAUCAGUACUACUGCGCCUGUGGCUGGCAAACGCAAUUUCCGCAAAUUCAAUGUGUAUAGCAAGCGUGGAACACGUGUGGUAAAAGAAGCGCAACGGACCAUGGCCAAUCCACCGGUUCCAAUACAGAAACGAGGAGUUCGAGAUACAGGCAUCACUAUAAAUGGUCAAUAUGUGGAAAUACCUGAGAAAAUACCCGAAAUCAUUGUGCCCGAUCUAACUGGCUGUAAGCUGAAGCCUUAUGUGUCGUACAAAGCACCCGAAGUAGUUCAAUCUGAAUUCACCAGCUUGGAUCUCUUCAAUGCUGUCUAUUCGGAAAAGAUCAUGGCUGAUUACAAAGCUGGCAAGCUGGAAGCCGAUGGUAGUUCAAAGGAACCCUCAGAAAAUGAACAACUAACACCAGAGGUAGCUCUGAUGCGAGCCCGUAAAACUGGCAGUGAUAUUUUUUAAGACAUUUGUAAGCUUUUAUUGUUUAUUAAUUGUUAAAUUAACAUACGUUAUUAUUGCUCCAUAUACUUUUGACGAUAAUUGUAAAGUUUGCGGAGCCACUUCUCUGCCUUUAGUUCUGUAUCGCCCAAAAACUGAAAACACACUUGUAAAGUAUAAGAAAUGCAAAGAAAUCUAAAAUAAAACUCA